AGGGAGGUGGAUGAGAAUCCAGACUAUGACAACUUGGACAUUGUCAACAGAGAUGCAGAGGAUAAAUAUUUUGAUGACGAUGAUGACGAAGAAGAGGAAGAGGAGGAAGAAAAUAUGACAGAAUAGUACUCGUGUUAUUAAUAAAUGAAUGAACUGUAAAUAUAAAUGUACAAAACGAGUUUCCAUUCUAUUUUUUAGUUUGACAUCUAAACACAAACAAAAGAUGUAAUAAACAUGUUUUUGGGGUCUUUUGAAAAUUUGUAUAAAUAUGAUUUUCUUGUUCAAAACUCAACAGAAACAUGUAUUUAUUUAGGUUUAGAUGUACGCGUGUCAGAUUGCUUUGUAUUGUGUGGAUUGAAACGUGAGUGAGUCUUCAAAAGUUACAAAUCAUUGUACACAUUUAAAAAUCAGGACUGAAAAUGAGUGACAAAGCAGCCAAUGAUGGCUGGAGAACUUUUGCUCAAGGCCACUUCAAAAAAUUCAAGGAAUGUAUUCUUCUAAUUACAAUGCUGUUCCCUACAAUGAUUAUUACAGGUUGGGCAAAGUCCAAAGAAAACAGUUUGACAACAUCUGCACAAUUUACCGAUAAAAAGCAUCAAUGUUGUUUAUUCAGAAUUUCAAGAAGAAAAUAUCAGCUGUAUGUGGAAUUAUUAAAACAAAGUAAAACACGGUGAUCAGCAGUGUGAAAGGAAAACUGAGUAUAGCAAAGACAAAGUACACUUUUAUGAUUUUGUUGCUUUUCUCAAAAGUAACAAUUAACCAAAGAAAAAUAACGCAUGUCAUUUGUGGACAUACUGCAGCAAUUUUUCAAAUUCAGCUUUACAGAAGCAUUAAUCUUCAUUUUUUAAGUUCUUUUAUUAUCAAAGUGUAACACUCUUCUUGUAAUUUUAAGACCUUUAGUUGCAUUUUUAGUUUCUCCCUCUUCAGUUGAUCAAGAUCCGUUGUAUUCAAACCAGAGCUGACUGAGGGCCCAGGUGACAGAGCCUCUGACAUGUGAGAGAAAUUAAUGCCGACAGAGGUUUGACUUGCUGGAGAUGAGCUGUGGAAAAAAGUUAACUUUUAAGAUUGUUUGACUAAAUUAAAAAUCUUUACCUAAAUGAUAGGACAGCUACAUCUUACCUCCUCUCUGGCCUCGUGGAUUGUAAUGCAGCUACAUUGUGGCCAGAGCAGUGGACAUCUUUAUGUUCACACUCAUCUGACGCAGCCAGAGAUUCACAGGAAGGACCUGUACAUUUAGAAAACAUAUUGGGGAAAAAAAGACCAGAAAAGAUUAAAAAUAAUAAUAAAAAUAAAAUAAAUACAUGAAUUUUUUUCUCUUAAAAAAAGCUGAAAAAAAAUCCUGCUAGUGAUUUCAGUUUUUGAACAACUCACUCAUUUCCUCUUCUGUUUUUUCCUCCACAUUCUGCUGUUUGAUUGGUGUGUUUCUUUCCACGUCUCUGGUUUUUACAGUGACUUUAGAUUUUGGCAUGUUAGGAGGAUUGUCUCCUUCUUUCUCAUUCCCACAGUUUGCUGACUGUGCAUCUCCUCUCUCUGCUGAGCCUUCUGUACAAAAGACAAAAUGUUACCAAAAAGUGAAAUUAAUACACACAUAAAUAAAGUAUUUACUAUUUUCCAUUAGGAGAAUUGUGGGAAAUAUCACCUUUAAUAACACACUUGUCAGUGUGGUUAGAGGCAACAGCAGGUACAGCUUCAGAUUCCAUUCCUCCCGUUUCCAUUUCUUCUUCCUCUUCUUCAUUCCCAGCAUCUUCUGAGUUUACAACCUCGUUUUCAUGUCCAGACCCGACCUUCUCUUCAGCUCUCUGCUCUGUUUUCACUGCCAGCUCCCCUCUGCUUAGAAACUGGUCCUUAUCUUCAACAAUAUCUCCCCCAGCUUCUUGAUAGGGAUAACAAUGCAUUAGAUUUAUGCAUGUACACUUUAUAAUUAUUUGUAAUUACUAUUAGUAGAAUCAAAUAAUUUCUCAAAAUAGUUUUCAAGUUAGCAGCACUCAAACUGUGUGGUCUUCUGCUGUUGCAGUUCAUCUGUUUCACUGUUUGGUGUUCAGAGAUGCUCUUGUGCAUACCCUGAUUGCAAUUAGUCAUUAUUUGAGUUACUGUUACUGUCUUUCUAUCAGCACAAAGCAAUCUGGUCAUUUUUCUUUGACCUCAUUUUACACCAGAGAACUGCUGCUCACUUUCUCUUUUUAGGACCAUUCCCUGUAAACUCUACAGAUGAUUGUUGGGAAAACCCGAGUAGGAGAUUCUGAAAUAUUCAGACCGGUGUAACUGACACCCACAGCCAUGCCAUGUUCAAAGUCACUUCCAGUUGUGGUCAGAAGUUUACAGGCACUCAUUAUGGCCAUGAAUGUCAUGGUAAUUAUGUGCUUUGAAUGAUGGACUGUAGUUUUUCCCGCUUGAAACGAUUGUACAUCAAACAUUUUCCAUGACUUUAAAUAACAAGAAUUGUUAGUGUGAUUUUUUUUUUUGCACUUUCUCCAAUCCACAUAAGAUCUGUGACUCUUAGGUAAUUUGACUUCUUUGUAUUUAGCACUUUUUUUACUCAACUUAUACAACAUACCUCAUUUAUGCAAGCACUUUGCUCUAUGCUUUUUCUAUCUAAGCGCUUUCUUUAAAACAUUGAGCAACUUGGGGUUCAGUAUCUUGAUCGGUAUGCAGACUGGAGCAGCAAGGGACUGAACUACAAACUUCAGAUUAGGAGAUGAACUGCUCAAUCUCAUGAGCCACUCAUUAUUGGUAGCGCAGAAUUGGUAGAGCUCAUUUAAAUGGGUUGGUUUCUUGGCUUGGACUUGGUUUCAAAAGCUUAAUUUUGGCCUGAUGCUCAGUUUGAAAUUCAGCAGAUGGUAUUGACCUUGUCUGCAUUCUUAAAUGCAUGUUGAGCUUCUCCCAUGUCUCCCAGUCUCCCGUGACUGGCUGAUUAUAUCUUUACAACAACGAACACUGGAAUAGGUAUACUGAAUUAAGUGACUCAUCGGUGUACUUUGGAGAGCAAAACUAUUCAUUUGAAACGACACCUGAUGUCUUUUAAUCGCAAAGACAUCUACAACUAUUCAAAGAGCAGACAGUUUAGCUGUGUGCCUAUAACAUUUGUAAAUCCUAACACUGGGAAAAGCUGUUCAUUUGUGGGCGGGAAACCAGUCUUAUGAAGGAUUUCACACACUGUUAUUAGAAUGUUAUUAGAACAAUUAUCAUUUGAGAACUGAGCCAAAACAAUUGUAUUCCCUAACUCAUCUAACACAAUCAGAGGUUAAAAGUAAGACUUGUAAUCUUAGUAGAAGUGUCUUCUACAAAAACACAAAAAAAGAAAGCCAAAACACAUGCAACUCACUCAGUACUUUUGGCACAGUUUGUGUUGCCACAUCUCUGGUAUUUCCAGUAACUUCAGAUCUCAACAUGUCAAGAGAAUCUUCUCUGUUUUGUUCUUUCUCAUUCCCACAGUGAGUUAAAUGCCCGUCUUCUCUGUCCUCCAUCCUUGCAUCUUUGCAAAAGUCAACAUGUCAAUUAAUCAAAUAUAUGAAAAAAUGCACAGUGGCUAUUAAAUAUUUAUUUGAUGUUAAACUGUUUUAAUACCAGAGUUUAAGACACUGGAUUCAGUUUUAUUCACUAUCCCCAAAGAUGUGGAAGCUUCCUGUUCUUUUCUUUCACUGCUUUGUGUUAACUGGUCUUCACUGCCUUCCCCAUCACUCCCGUUGAUGGAUAGGUCAUAUUUGUUUGAGGGAGUAAUCAGUUUCGCUGCUGCAGUGGUUGUGUUAACUUUUGCUGAGCUGCUGCACUCUCCUGGAUGGUCCAUCCCCUCGGGGUGAUAAGCACCUGUUCCCUGAGGCAAAAUUAAACAUUUAAAUUAGAUUUACAUUUACAAGAACAGAUAGUCAUUUUUAAAUUAUUUGUCCUAAAUCAGUGACAUGGCAGAAACUGACAAAUCCCCUCUGAAAUAAUGGAAAACUUACAUUUGCUGUCUUUAUUUCUUUCCCCCUCAGUGCAUGUUCCGCAGCAGCUGAAAUUGUAUGUUUUGUUGUCCUCUCUGAAAAGAGAAGAGUGAUUUUCAUACACAGACACUUUUUGUUAGGUUAGUUACAUGUCAAUAGGAAAUAACAUCAUUUAAUUAAUAACACUUUUGUCAGUAUGGGGCAACAGCAGAUACAGUCUCAUCUUCUGUUUCUCCCUCUGCCUGUUUCUCUUCAUCUUCUUCACUCCCAGCAUUUUCAGCUUCUACUCUCUCUGCUCUGUUUCCACGAGCAUUUCCUCACUGUUUGAAAGCUGGUCUUUACCUUCAGCAUUAUCAUCUUCAGUUUCUUCAGAGCCGGAUGAUUGUAUUUCCUUUUGAUUCAAGGUUCAGGAAAAAUGACCUUUAAUUAUCAUUCUCAGUGUUGUUUUAAUUCAUUUUUGAAAAUCAGAAUUACAGUGCUCUCAUGCUCAGAUACCUUUCUAGUCUUGGAUCUUCCUUUUCUGUAUCCCUCGGUUUUUAGGUAAUCUUUCUGUGAAAAGUUAGUUUGACGGUUUAUUUAGUGAAAUCUGAUUUUCUUUGAUUAAUAGAAAUGGGAAAAAAGUACCUUAAUCCAAUACUCCAGAGGUUGAUCGUCAUAGAAAAUAGUUGCUUUCCAUUUUUUACUUGAUCCUUUCCCUGCAAGUAUCUCAAAGCUAGGUGGAUUAUACCAUUUGCCUUUAUAUUCAAUACACGCCUUACCUAAAUUGAUCAUCCAAACACACAGGAAAAUUCAAAUUAAAUUAGAAAAGAACACUUAAAAAAGUAAAGCUAACUUUUGACAAGUUAACAUUUGAUCCUCUUUAAAACAGUGCACAUUGUUUAAAAUUGUAUAUUUGAACAGCACAAGGAACAUGCUUUCUCUUUAUUUUCUUGUCAAUCUUUAAAGAUGUUCUAAAUAUUCGCACCUGAUCUGCAAUCCAGUCUAAGGUUUAGAGAUUAUUAUUUGUAUUAUUUUAAUGUAGGUUUGUAUUUACUUUUCCCAAAUGACUGAUGGAGAGCUAUGUUUCACAGCUGUCAUGGGAUGGGGGGAAGGCAAUUCAGAAUCACCAGUGAACCAUUCAUGCAUUCAUGCAUUAAUGCAUUCAUUCAGCUGGAGAGAAAGUUAAGUUCCAUUUUUUAUAUACAUGAUUUUUAUUUGUGGGCACAGUUUCAAACAGUAUAAAGUGUUUUCUUGUUUAAUGGUUUCCAUGAAAUGUGCUUAUGCUUCUCAGAUAAUUGUAUUUGCUUACUUUUUUCCAGCUUCUCACAAUCAAGGAUGCCCUCUGUGGUUCCACAGAUUACAGACAAAAACGCUAAAUUUUGGGAAAAAAAUUACAACAACUAUAAUAAUAACAAUGUCUCCAUAAUAAAAUAUUAUGAAUGUAUAUUUAUGCCAUAAAAUUAGAGAAACAUAUUCAACUAA